AUGGCGAAUGGGAAUGGGGGUAGUAAGCUCCGUCUAUGGAGUUCGGCAUUUGCCUUCGUGCUGCUCGCGCUCGUCGAGGCGGACGGCUUGUUCGUGGACAUCACCUAUGUCGAGAGCGCCGUGGCCAAAGGAGCAGUGUGCCUGGACGGAAGCGCCCCGGCGUACCACCUCGCCCCAGGGUUCGGCUCCGGGAUGAACAGUUGGUUGGUCCAUUUCGAGGGAGGAGGAUGGUGCAACAACGUCACGACCUGCCUGCAGCGUAUGCACACCCGGCUAGGGUCCUCCAAGGAGAUGGCCAAGCAGGUUGCUUUCUCCGGGAUCCUGAGCGACGCCCCGGGUUACAAUCCAGACUUCUACAACUGGAACAAGGUCCGGGUUCGCUACUGUGACGGCUCCUCUUUCACCGGUGACACGGAAGAGGUUGAUCCUAGGACAAAUCUACACUACAGAGGUGCCAGGAUAUGGCAAGCAGUUCUGGAAGACCUGCUCGCGAAAGGGAUGAACAGAGCUGAAAAUGCUCUAAUUUCGGGGUGCUCUGCUGGGGGGUUAACAUCGAUACUGCACUGUGACAGAUUUCAUCAGCUGCUGCCGGCGGGGGCCCGUGUUAAGUGCCUUUCUGAUGCUGGUUUCUUCAUCAAUGUGAAGGACAUUGCUGGACAGAACCAUGCUGCUGCCUUUUUCAGCGAUGUGGUUGCAACACAUGGCUCAGCCAGGAAUUUACCAUCUUCCUGCACUUCCAAGCUGUCUGCAGGCAUGUGCUUCUUCCCUCAGAAUGAGGUGAAACAGAUUCAGACACCUUUGUUCAUCCUGAAUUCAGCAUAUGAUUCAUGGCAGGUAAGGAACAUUCUGAUACCAGGAGGUUCUGAUCCUCGUUGGCGAAACUGCAAGCACGAUAUAAGUCAAUGUUCCGCGAAGCAACUUGAGACUUUGCAGGGAUUCAGGGACCAUUUUCUGGGAGCACUGGAGGAACAAGGGACCUCCUCCACCAGAGGGUUGUUCAUAAACUCGUGCUUCGUGCACUGCCAGACCGAGAUACAGGAGAUAUGGUUCGCACCCGGCUCUCCUGCCCUCGGUGACAAAAAAAUAGCAAAUGCAGUUGGAGACUGGUUCUACGACCGCAGUCCGUUCCAGAAGGUGGACUGCCCUUACCCUUGUGAUUCAACCUGCCCUAUCUUCAAGAACUCAUAGCAAGUGGAGCAGCAGCCUCAACUCAUACUAUUGUUCACAUUGAUCACAUUAUUGUUACUACGUUUGAUGAACCACCAUUAGUGCCCCGUGCUCGCAAGACGGCACGGCAUGGCGACCAGCUGGAACACCAGCUGGAACACCAACUAAAUAAUAAGUGAAGGUGCUGGCUUCAACACCAGCUGGAACCUGGAGACUGAAUGCAGCUUCUAACAUUAGUUACAGCUAGUCCGUAAGGGUAUUCAUCAGUUCAGAUUCUAUUGCGGUGCUAAG